AUGCCUGGCCCGCCUGGCUUUUGGCGGCAGCAGCAGCUGCUGCCAUGGGCGGCCGACCCCGACCCCGACACCGCCUCGACCACGCCCGCGGCGGUCGAGCCAUCACACAAACACCGCUGGACGAGGCGAGAUCUAGCGGACGGCACCGUUGCCGGCGUCGCUGUUGGUGUCGUCAUCUUUUCGCUGCUGCUCGCCUUGUGCCUCUACCCCGUCAUCGUCGGCUGCCUCAAGCGCCGCAAGGGAGACAGACGCCUUGGCCGGCACCCUCUCGAUCUCGAUGACGAGGGUGCCAUUGGCCACGAUGCGGGCGACGGCCCUCGCCCGCGAAUUUCCUCGAGUGACUCCCUCAAACACGCCAACACCUUGUCGCGGGGCUACGACUUUGAUCCCGCCGCUGCCGGCGCCGAUGAUGACGAGGCCGAGCCGCAGCAGGAUGGCGUGCCUAACCCGGACAGGGUCCUGCUCGACUUUGGCCGCUACGAUCCCAAGACCGCGCGGGGUACCGUCGAAUACAUGCCCAAGGAGAUGGUCAUCGACGACCAGCCCGGUGUGCUGAAAGGCACGAGUGAAGACUACUACCGCGCCUCGAUCCCGUCAUCGGCCUUUGGCAUGCCCGACGAACCCUUUUCGCUCCCACCCAGGACAACUUCGAGGGCCAGCUCACUUUCACACAAUGUCCGCCACAUGUUUCGCCGCAAAAGCGACAGGAAUCCGACCUUUAGCUCCGUCGGGUCCUCCUCCGGCGAUGGGGCGGACCAAGGCGCGACACCGUUACAGCGCAUCAUCACCGCCGAGGAGCCCAUGGCCGAGUCCCCCACGGAGCUGUCGCCGCGCGCUAGCCCGCAGCCGCGAUCUCCUGCCGUGGGCAUACCGCCAUCUGUGACACCAAGAGGCCCGUCCGCGGAGCCCCCUGACGCUGCCUUGUCGAGCACUUCUUCACCGAGAACUCUGCUCAAGUCGCCAUCACCGCCGGUCAACCCGGCGCCGGGAACGGUGAAUCCCAUGGAUAUCAUGGCACCAAGCACGGAAUCAGAACAGUGGCACAGGACAGAGUAUCAACUCUACGCCUCGUCGAAUGAGACGCCCCCUCCACAACCGCUUCAACCACCGGCGGAGUCGGAAAAACCCUCAGACAGCACGAACCAGACCAGCUCGCCAGACGUUCAGAUGGGCUCAGCACACCAGAAUAUGCCAGACAAUAAACGUUUCGAACAGAACCAGGCCGUCGCAGGAGAAGACAGCCAUCUCCAGGCAGACAAUAUCAAGCCUGUUGGCCGCCAUCCAAGCUUUCCAUCCGAGCAUUCCACUCCCCUCCCAGGCCCGGGGUUCACCGACGCCUCGUCACAGAAUACGCCAUCAACACAACUGGACACGCCAUCUCCAGAGUCUCAGAACAGCUCCGACUUCCGCCACAGCGCUUCCCCGGGAGUCGUCGCGCACCACAUGCCUUCACCAGUGAAGAACCAGGACGGCAUGUACCAAUGCGAUGAACCUGGCUGCACCCAGUCCUUUGACCAACCACAUAAGCUAAAGCAUCAUCAGCGCUAUCACAGCAAGGACCAUAAAUGCCCGUACCCCGCCUGCGGAAAGGGGUUCGGCACCAAGACACAUCUACAGCGUCACAUCAACGAUAGGCAUGAAAAGAAGAAGAAGUUCCAUUGCUCGAUGGAGGGCUGCGACUACUCCAAGUUUGGCGGUAGGGCCUUUCCCAGAAAGGACAACUGGAAGCGCCACAUGAUGAAGAUUCACAACCUCGAGCAGCAGCAACUCCCCUUACCCGUCGAGGUGGAUGCGGAGAUGACGGGCGUGUGA